UCGAAUAUAUGUUCCUUUCUCUAUGCUCCAUCGUUCUGUCUGUGUUUCUGUGUGUUAAGCCAGAAGACCAGACCGUCUGCUAUAGGAUGCUGGCGCACUCAAUCCAUUUAUAAUUGCUUGGACUUUUCCCGUCAUCCUAAGGGUAACUGGGUGAUGGGAUGGCAGUGAACCCUCUGGGCAUCAUGGCGGCUCCUCUUCUGUCUCCUCCUCGUUCUGUCCUCCCCUUCUUUGGCCUCCUUUACCAUUUGCACCUGCACGUCCUGUGUGGUGGGGUUCAUGCUCAGCAGCCUCCCAUGUUCGCCUUCACCUCUUCCUCGUACAGCGUCUCUGUCUAUGAGAACUCUGCAGCCAGGACGUAUGCCCAGAGCUCCAUGCGGAUGGGCGUGGUCCUAAACCUGGCCCUUGGCUGGAAGGUGAGGUACUUCAUCGAGGCUGGGGACAGUGAGGGCAUCUUUCAGGCUGAGAGCAUGGAGUUGGGGGAUUUCAGUUUCCUUAGGGUUCGAACCAAUGGAGGCAGUGGAGGAACCUUGAACCGGGAAGUACAAGACAACUAUACACUGAUGGUGCGGGCCACAACACAGGGUGGGCUGGAGGCCUUCGCCACUGUCUACAUCAACAUCCUAGACAUGAAUGACCUUCGACCUCUUUUUUCUCCGACCUCGUACUCCUUUGUGGUCCCUGAGGGCGCUCCGCUGGGUUCCAGCGUUGGCCAGGUUACCGCCACGGACGCAGACAUCGGGUCCAAUGGAGAGUUCUACUACUUUUUCAGGGAGCGCGUGGAACUGUUUUCUGUGCACCCUACCAGCGGGGUCGUGACCCUGACUGGCCAACCAAUCCCAGGCCAGCGGAUUGAGCUGGAGGUACGGGCAGUGGACAGAGGGAUGAAGCUCUAUGGGACCAAUGGGGUCAGCAGCACAGCUAAGGUGGUCCUGACGGUAGAGCAGGUGAAUGAGUUUGCUCCGGUUCUGUCCGCGGUGGGCCUGGUGCCGUCCUGGUUGGACGGUGACCCAGUGUUUGCUGUUGUCACGGUGGAGGACCAGGAUGAGGGGAUCAGUGGGGAUGUCGAAUGGGUCUCCAUUGUGGAGGGGGAUCCCCUGGAACUGUUCAAGGUGGACCGGUCGGUUGGCAACACAUUCACGGUAAAGAGGUCAGUGGUGGUUGACUGGGAGAAGUUCCCGUUUGGUUGUAACCUGACUCUUCAGGCUAGAGACCGAGGAACUCCUCCUCUCUUCUCCAACACCCAGGUCGUCCAGAUACUAGUGAAAAAACCAGAACCCGUCCAGGUGAGGUUUAAAAAGCAGCUCUACCAGGUGCGACUCAGUGAGAUAGCCCCCCCUGGCUCCAUUGUGGUGGAGGUUCAGAUCACCCCGAAGCCUCUCAGUGUCACCUACAGCUUUAGGCUCUUCUCUGCCCCGCCUCAUUUCCUCAUCAACCCUCUGACUGGGGUCAUCGUCACGACGACAACUCUGACCAGCCUAUCCCAGGAGGUGGUGGAGCUCGAGGUGAUUGAGGAGGGCAGUAAAGUGAAUACCAGGGUCCAGGUCACCGUGGAGGAUGCUAACGACAACACGCCCACAUUCACCAGGUCCGCAUACGAUGUGUCGGUGGAUGAGACCACGCCGGUCGGCACGGUGAUCUUGGUGGUGUCGGCAGUGGAUGAUGACAGAGGAGAGAACGGGUGCAUCACUCACAGCCUCGCAGGGCUCCAGGCGUUGCCGUUCACCAUCGAUCAGGACUCAGGGGAGGUACUGGUGGCGCCGGCCGUGUUGUUCCUCGCCCUGAGGACCACUAGUGAGUUGGACUAUGAGACGUUAGCGGAUCUCUUCACGUUCUCAGUGCGAGCCUCGGACUGGGGUUCUCCGUACCGGCGGGAGAACGAGGUCAACGUGACUGUGCGCGUUGUCAACGUGAAUGACAACAGACCGCUCUUUGAGAGGGUCAGUUGUCGAGGGAUGAUUGGGCGUGACUUCCCUGUGGGACAGAACAUUGUCACCAUGUCGGCUGUGGACAUAGACGACCUGGGGCUGGUGAAGUACAGGAUCCUGUCAGGUAAUGAGCUGGAUUAUUUCAACCUGAACCCAGACUCUGGAGUCCUGUUCCUGAGGAGGUCCCUGGCCUCCGCUAACCUCAAGACGGGUGUCUUCAACCUGAAGGUGGAGGCGACCGAUGGGGAGCUGCGUUCAGAGCCCACCUAUGUCAACGUCACUGUGGUCCGGGGAAGGAUGCCGUCCCGUAGCCUCACCUGUCAGGACACCGGCGUGGCUCAGAGGAUGGCGGAGAUGCUGCUACGGAAGGCGGCGAUGGUGGGGAGACCCAGGCUUGAUGAGGGAUACAGAGACAUGUUCUCGGUCAACAGACAGACGCCAGAGUUUGACUUGUUUCCCUCCAGUAUUGUGGUCAUGGAGGAUCUAGCGGUAGGAGCCACUGUUUUCCAGGUGAGGGCGACGGACGAUGACACAGCGUUCAACGGUCUCAUCCUUUAUGGCAUCUCCGACGGCAACAGAGACAGCUGCUUCAGCAUCGCCAUGGAGACUGGCCUCAUCACAGUGUUUCGGCCUCUGGACCGCGAGCGUUCUGACCGCUACGUCCUGAAUGUGACCAUCUAUGACCAGGGUCUUCCCCAGCGGUCCAACUGGAGGCUUCUGACUGUGAACGUUGAGGACGCGAAUGAUAAUGACCCAAAGUUCAGCCAGGACAGCUACAGUGUGGUGGUCCCUGAGGACACGGCUCUGGGGGUGGAGCUGGUACGGGUGGAGGCUACGGACGGAGACCAGGGCUCUAACGGAGAGGUGUUCUACACGCUGCUGACCGCCCUGCCAGAGUUCAGCAUCAACAGCCAGACUGGGUCAGUGGUGGUGACGGGACAGCUGGACCGGGAGACGGUCCCAGCCUUUGUCCUCAAGGUGGAAGCCAGAGACAAGGCUGAGAGAGGGACGCAGCGCUUCUCCGUGACGACUCUGACCAUCACGUUGGAGGACGUUAAUGACUGCCCUCCGCUGGUGGUGUCUAGCAGCUACAGCGCCCGUGUGCUGGAGGACCUGCCACCAGGGGCAGUCAUCGCCUGGAUCCAGACCCAGGAUCCAGACCUUGGUCUCGGGGGACAGGUCUCCUACACCCUGACAAAUGAUGUUAACGGCGCCUUUGAGGUGGAUUCUGUGAGCGGAGCAGUGAGAGUUGGAAAGGACUUGGACUAUGAGAGGCAGCAAAUCUACAACCUCACUAUAGUGGCCAAAGACAGAGGGACACCAAGCCUACGCUCUCUCUCUUACCUGGACAUAGAGGUUGUGGAUGUGGAUGAGAACGCGUUUGCUCCAUAUUUCUCUGACUUUGCAUUGCGGGCCAUUGUGAAGGAGAACAGCCGAGUGGGGACGAGUGUCCUGGUGGUCAGUGCUGGGGAUGAGGACCGGGGGAAGGACGGGAUCGUUAGGUAUUCUCUCCGAGGGGGCAGCGGACUGGGCAGCUUCUCCAUCGAUGAGGAAACAGGUUUGAUCUACACUACAGGUAUCCUGGACUGUGAAACAAAGGACUCCUAUUGGCUGACAGUCUAUGCCACUGACCGUGGGCUCACGCCCCUCUCAGCCUCCAUGGAGGUUUUCAUCCAGGUUGAGGACGUGAAUGACCACUCCCCCUUGACGUCUGACCCCAUCUACCACCCUGUCGUCAUGGAGAACUCUCCCAAGGACUUGUCCGUCAUCCGUAUCCAGGCGCAGGACCCUGACUUCACCGCCACGUCUGGUAGCCUUAGAUACCGUAUCACUGCCGGCAACCCGCAGAAUUUCUUCUCCAUCAACUCCAAAACAGGUCUGAUAACGACAACAUCAAGGAAGCUGGACCGCGAGCAGCAGGCAGAGCACUUUCUAGAGAUCACGGUGAUGGACAGUCCGGUAGCUUCCCGUCUCUCUACCAUCUGGCUAAUCGUCCAUGUCCAGGACCAGAACGACAACGCCCCCACCUUUCCAGAGCCCAUCUACCGGAUCAGGUUGCCGGAGCGCGACCGUAACAAGCGUGGCGAACCCGUCUACCGGGUUUUUGCAUUCGACCGCGAUGUGGACGCCAAUGGCAACAUCACCUAUAGUAUCGUCGAAGGGAAUGAGGACGAGAAGUUCAGCAUCGACCCGCUGACCGCCAUGGUGUCAUCACGAAAGAUGGUCACAGCAGGAAGCUACGACAUCCUCACUAUUAAGGCCGUAGAUGGAGGGAGCCCUCCCUUGUGGUCCACAGCCAAGCUCCAUAUAGUAUGGGUUCGCAAGCCUGUUCCCUCUCCGCUGCCCCUGGUGUUCUCCCAGCGCUACUACAACUUCUCUAUCUCCGAGGCCACAGCAGUCGGCCAGCCUGUGGGGCUUGUGUCUGUACGACAGACCAACACACCAGUCUGGUUCGACAUUGUAGGGGGGAGGUCAGCCAGGGAGAUGUUCUAUAUUCCUCAAUACAUAUGUGGUGGGAACUGCUCUUCAGAAACAGAAAGCUUGGACAGUGGCUUUGACCUGCAGCAGGGUCUGGGGACCGUGGUGAUUGCCAAACCGCUAGAUGCUGAAGGCCAGUCCCUCUACAACAUGAUGGUCAUGGUCACUGACGGCACUAAUACUGCUACCACACAGGUCUUCAUCCGUGUUCUUGACAGCAACGACAAUGCCCCUGUGUUCUCUCAGCCAACGUAUGACAUUGCAGUGUCAGAGGACACACCAGCCGACACAGAGCUGCUACGUGUGCGAGCAUCAGACAGGGAUGAGCGUGCACGUCUGAGCUUCUCGAUCCACGGCAGUGUGGACCCAGCCAGUAUGAGGUUAUUCCGGAUCAAUCCUGGGACUGGGGUGGUCUACACCGCUGACCGCCUGGACUAUGAAGCUAGAACACAACACAUACUGACCAUUAUGGUGAAGGAUCAGGAGUUUCCGUUUCACCGGGACCUGUGUCGUGUCCUGCUGGCGGUGGAGGACAGUAACGACAACGUGCCGUUCUUCAGCAGGACCACAUACGAGGCUGUGGCCUACGAGUCCUCACCUCCAGGAACACCUGUCCUCCAGGUGUCAGCCCUGGACAGAGACAAGGGCCCUAACGGACUGCUGAAAUACUCUAUAGAAGCAGGGAACACAGGAGGGGUGUUUUCUAUAGAUGCUGACACUGGGUUGAUCUCCGUGGCGACAGACCUGGAUCUCUCCACUGUGGGAUAUUACAUCAUCACAGUGCGCGUCACCGAUAGUGGCACACCACCCCUCUCAGCCACCGCCACGGCACGCGUCUCCCUCACACUCUCCGACUCCUCCCAGCCAAAGUUCAGCCAGACAGACUACCAGGCAGAGGUGAUGGAGAACUCCGCCUCAGGAACCUUGGUCGUCUCCGUCUACGCCGUGAGCCGAUCAGCCUUGGUCUAUGACAUCAUCACCGGAAACAAUGAACGGCACUUCACUAUCAACAGUUACACAGGAGUCAUCACCACUUGUAGGCCUCUCGACUUCGAGAGUACAGGCUCCUACUCUCUGCUGGUGCAUGUGCUGAGCAUGGCUGGAGUGGAGGCCAGUGCUACAGUCAGUGUUCAGGUGGGAGACCAGAACGACAACCCACCAGUAUUCCACCAGCUCAGGUAUGUAGGCAUUAUCAGUGAAGCCUCUCCAGUCAACAGUGUGGUCCUUGGGGAGGACGGAAACCCUCUGGUGAUUCAAGCCUCAGACCGUGACCAGAACCUGAAUGCUCUGCUGGUGUUCAACAUCAUCGACGACAUGGCGAGGACCUUCUUCACAGUGGACUCUGGGACAGGGUCCAUCAGGACCAUCUCUGCUCUGGACUAUGAGACAUUUCCUGUGUUCUCCUUCCGGGUCAAUGUGAGGGACAGCGGUAUGCCUCAGAAAACAGCAGACAGCCCUGCUCAUGUCCUCAUCAAGGUGGUGAACAUCAAUGACUCUCCUCCUAAGUUCUCCCAGGAUUCCUACGAGACAGUCCUCCUUCUCCCCAGCUACCCUGGAGUCGAGGUGUUGAGGGUCACAGCCUAUGACCCGGACCUGACCCCUGACCCCAGCAUUGACCCUGCCACAACCCCUGCUGACCUCUCUGUGACCCCAGCCCUGGUGUACACCAUGGUGGACCGUAACCUGGAACACUUCUCAAUGGAACGUUACACUGGCGUCAUCGCCGUCAAGGACCACAACCUCUCCAAGGACCGUUACCGCUUCAACAUCAAGGUGUGGGACGGCCGUUUCUCCGGCACGGCGUUGGUCACCAUCCUGGUCCGUGAGGUGAUGGACAGCGGCCUCCUCUUCUCCCUCCCGUUCUACUCCUCCUCUGUCACAGAGAAUGACGGCAACAUCUCCAUAGUGACCGUGGUGAAUGCAGUGGGCCACCGUCUCAACGAGCCGCUCAAGUAUACGCUGCUCAAUGCCAAUGGGCGCUUCACGAUUCGACCGACCGCUGGGGUGGUCCUGACCACGGGGGCGCCACUCGACCGCGAGGAACAGGCGAGCUACAGUCUGGUGGUGGAAGCCAGUCGGGAACAUGACCGUCUCAGGGUGGCUCGGGUUACUGUGAAAGUCCAGGUGGAGGAUGUCAAUGACAACGCUCCAGAGUUUAUAGGCCUACCAUACUACGCUGCUGUCCAGGUGGAGUCAGAACCAGGCUUUGUAGUGUUCAGGGUGUCUGCUGUAGACAGAGACUCAGGACGUAAUGGUGAUGUCAUCUAUAUUCUGAAGGAGGAGCACAGGAACUUCCAGAUGGACCUGUUAUCAGGUGAGCUGAUCCUCCAGCGCUCCCUUGAAGCUGACUUAUCAAAAGCUGAAUACAAGCUCACCAUUGUAGCCCAAGAUGGCGGCUUGCCCCCCUUGUCGAGUGAGGUGGAGCUGACCGUCGCCAUCAUCAACAAGGCCAUGCCGGUGUUCGACAAGCCCUUCUAUGGUGUCACAGUGAGGGAGGACGUCCCUCUGUCCACCUCUCUCCUCUGUCUUAAUGCCACCAGUCCCCAGGGACAGGCUGUCCUUUACACUGUAAUGGAUGAAGACUCCUCACCGCAGUUUGACAUAGGGUUUGAUACUGGUGUGAUCCGGAUUGUCGACCCACUGGACUAUGAGAAAGCCUCGUACUACCGGCUGACCGUCAAGGCUACGGACACUCAGACCGGUGCAAGGUCAGAGGUCGAUGUGGAGAUCGCUGUGUUGGACGUUAACGACAACCCCCCGAUGUUCCAGAAUGUCACAUAUUCCGCCUCACUUCCUGAAAACUCAAUGAUCGGCACCGCAGUUCUUCAGGUGUCUGCGUUGGAUGUUGACUCAGAGAGCAACUCGUUGGUCCGUUACCAGAUCCUAUCAGACGUCUACAACAGCACAGACUACUUCCACAUCGACAGCAGCAGUGGACUGGUCUUGACCGCACGUAUGCUAGACUACGAAACCACACAGCAAUACAAGUUCUUCGUCAGGGCAACUGACAGUGGUGAACCCCCCCUCAGCAGUGAUGUCAGUGUCAUGGUUACGGUCACCGAUACCAACGACAACCCACCUUCCUUUAGCCAAUCGCUGUAUGAUGUGUUUGUGAGUGAGCUGGCCCCCAGGGGACAAUUUGUGACCUCUGUCCAGGCCUCCGAUGCCGACAGCUGCGAUGCAAACCGACUCAGGUACAGCAUCUUGUCCGGUGAUGAGCGGAUGAUGUAUGCGAUGGACCCCGAGACAGGGAUGAUCUCACUGUCCAAUCAGAGAAGACAGGGGACAAGGUCUUCCUAUAGGCUGAAUGUGUCUGUGUCCGAUGGUGUCUUCACCAACACCGCCCAGGUGAGUGUGCGUGUGUUGGGGGCUAACCUGUACAGUCCAGUGUUCAGCCAGAGGUUCUACCUGGCAGAGGUCAGAGAGAAUGCCCUCGUCGGAUCCAGAGUCAUUCAGGUGCAUGCUACUGAUGAGGACUCGGGUCUAUUUGGUCAGGUAACCUUCACGUUCAUUAACGACCUGGGCAAGACUCAGUUUAGCAUUGACGCUAAUGGAGUCAUCACCACAACACAGAAACUGGAUCGGGAGAACCCCAGCUAUAAGGACAUAGUCCUCACUGUUAUGGCCCUCGAUGGGGGAGGUCGUGCAGCGUUCUGUACGGUGCGCGUGGUGUUGACCGAUGAGAAUGACAAUGCCCCUCGGUUCCGGGCGGUGGAGUACCGUAUGAGCAUCAAGUCCAACGUGCCCAAAGGAUCCCUGGUCACCCAGAUCCAGGCGGCAGAUCCCGAUGCCGGAGCCAAUGGACGGAUUACCUACUCCCUCUACAGCGAGGCUCGGCUGCCCCUGGUCGACGUACUGGAGGUGGAACCGGACAGCGGUUGGAUGGUCACUAAAGGUUCCGUUGUUCACCUCCAGGGAACCGUUCUGUCUUUCUUCGUCAAGGCCACAGACGGCGGCUCGCCAGCCAAACACUCCUUGGUCUCGGCCUUCAUCCACGUUCUCUCCCCGGAGGCCCUGGUGCCCUCCUUCACCCAGCCCCAGUACUCCUUCACCAUCCCAGAGGACACCGCGGUGGGCACGGCCCUGGGGAAUGUCUACCUGGCUCCGGGACAGACUGGAGUGUACUCAGCCGUGGGUGGUGAAACCCCCGACAGCAACCAGGGGGGUACGUUCCUGGUGGACAGAGAGACAGGCCUGAUCCGACUGACCAAGCCACUGGACUAUGAAGCGGUCAGCAUCUACAGGUUCAAGGUGUCUGCUACCACCAGACGAGACCUCAUAGAAUCCAUCUCUACUGUCGAUGUGGAGGUCAAGAUUCUGGACAUAAAUGACAACAGGCCGUUGUUCGAGACCACUUCCUAUGUUGCCAUGGUGAUGGAGGGCAUGCCAGUGGGGACCAGGGUGGUCCAGGUGAGGGCGCUCGAUCCUGAUUGGGGCUCCAACGGACAGGUUACCUAUCGCUUGGGCCCUCCACUGAAUCAGAUCCUGGCCAACAGACCAGGCAGGAAGUCUUCCAGUUCCUCACCUAGUAUUUCUGGCACCAGUACUGGUCCAUCUAGUUCAACUGGUACCAGAGCCAUGUUCUCCAUUGACAGUAAAACGGGCUGGAUCACAACGUUGUCGGUUCUGGACCAUGAGACCAUUCCCAGCUACACAUUUGUGGUUCUGGCCUACGAUCGUGGAGAACAGCUACAGCUGACCUCCACCACAGUGAUCACAGUGACUGUAGCAGAUGUGAAUGACAAUCCUCCGCGGUUUGAACGGGACUUCUACCGAGGAGCAGUCAAAGAGAAUGACCCACCAGGACAGGUGGUGUCUGUCCUCAGCACCAAGGAUAAAGACACCUCAGACCACAACAAGCUGGUCAGCUACCACAUCACCGGUGGUAACCCUGGAGGAGUUUUCAGGAUAUCUCUGAUCCAGGAUGAGUGGAGGGUGGUGGUGUGUGGUCAGCUGGACCGGGAACAAAAGGACUUCUUCCUCCUGAAUAUCACCGCCAGUGACGGCCUGUAUGUCACCAGCACUGCUGUUGAGGUUACCGUCAUGGACGCCAACGACAACACACCCAUCUGCAACCAGGCGGUGUACUCGGUGUCCAUACCUGAGGACGUCCCACCGAACCACGGUGUUCUGACUGUAGGAGCCACGGACAAGGAUACAGGUCCGAGCGCUGAGAUACAGUACUCUCUGUUUGGAAUAGGGGUGGAAGACUUCUACAUGGACGCCAACACUGGUGAUGUGAAGACGGCGACAGUGAUGGACCGUGAGAAGACCUCCAACUACAAGCUGGUUGCCCAAGCGACCGAUGGCGGCGGGCGCUUCUGUCGCUCUGAAGUCUCAGUGACGCUACUGGACGUGAACGACAACCCACCUUCGUUCGUCUUAAGCCAAUACCUUGCCCAGGUGUAUGAAGACGCUGCCCCAAAAGCCCUGCUGACACGAAUACAGGCCAAAGACCCAGAUGAAGGUACAAAUCGUACAGUGGUUUACUCACUGGUGGACUCAGCAGGCGGGGUCUUCUCCAUUGACCCUGUAUCAGGUGUGGUGGUUCUGGAGAGAGCCUUGGACCGAGAGGCCCAGGAUUCGUACAGAGUCAGGGUCCAGGCCUCUGAUCGCUCUGGACUGCCGGGGGCACUCUCCUCACAGGUGGACCUGAUAAUUGCAGUGCUGGACGUAAAUGACAACCCCCCGGUCUUCCAGAGACAGGACUACACCAUCAGCGUCCCGGAGGAUGUUGCUAUGGGAACCGAGAUCCUGCGGGUGUCGGCCACUAGCGACGACAUCGGGGCUAACGCUUACAUCACAUAUAGCAUCAGGGCUGGCAACAAACUGGGGAAGUUUCAGAUAGACAAGACUGUGGGCUCCAUCUCAGUAGUGGAUGACCUGGACUUUGAAGCAUGUAAGGACUUCUUCCUGACAGUGGAGGCGUUGGACGGCGGGGAGCCGCCCCUCAGCUCCACUACCAUGGUAACCAUAGAACUGAUGGACGUCAAUGACAACGCUCCAUCUUUCAGUCAGGAUACCUACAACGUGUUGGUCAGCGAGGAUGCAGCAGUAGGACAGACCAUCACCAGGUUGCUAGCAGAAGACCUGGACAGCCAAGUGAACGGUCGAAUCACCUACUCCAUCCUCCGCGGUGACCGUGGAAACCAGUUCUGGAUUGACCCAGUAACAGGACUGCUCAAAGUCAACAAGCGACUGGACAGAGAGGAGAUAUCCAGAUAUACUUUGUCCAUCCAGGCAUUUGACAGUGGUUCUCCUGCCAUGUCCUCCACAGUCAUCGUCAACAUUGACAUCUCUGACGUCAACGACAACCCUCCCGUCUUCGCCCCCCCAAAUGCCACAGCCACAGUUCAGUUGAAUCAGCCAGCUGGGUCCAGUCUGCUGAAGCUGUCUGUCUCAGAUGGAGAUUCCCCUCUUAACGGAGCCCCUUUUGAGUUCCGCAUCAUGUCCGGGAAUGAGGGGGACACUUUCUCUGUGGACCCAACUGGAGACCUGAGGUCCAACCGUGUCCUAGGACCUGACAUUUCCCGAGAGUUCACCCUGGAGGUCCAGGCCCGAGACAGCGGUAAGCCGCGUCUCUCGUCCUCCUGCUGGGUUUUCAUCAGAGUGGUCGGAGACAGCCAGUACAGACCCACCGUCACACCGCUGGAGAUCUACAUUGUGACGGCAACACACUCCUACCCCGGAGGCCUGAUUGGCAGGAUCUACGCCUCCGACCGUGAUGUCACUGACGUCCUGUCCUUUACCCAGAUGCCUUUGCAACAGUGGAGUCCAUUUAAGAUCAACAGACAGGACGGCAGCAUAAUGGCCAUGGCAGGACUAGAGCCGGGCAGGUACCAGUGUAACGCAACAGUUAGUGACGGUCGGUACUCUGUUCCUGUGGUUGUGACGGUCAGGGUUGAACAGGUGACAGAGGAUCUGCUCCGUAACACAGUGAUCCUCAGGUUCCCUUCAGUGACCCCUGAAGACCUGCUAGGAAGACAUCUUAAUAGCAUCAAACAGGGACUGCAUGCCGUAGUAGGCUGGGGUUCCUCAUCGCCGGGGCAACAGCAGGACCCUCUGCACAUGCUCGGUGUUGAUCAGGUGUCAGAAGGCGUCGACCUACUCCUGGCUAUGGAGAGACCAGAGGGGGGCGGAGGUGGAGGAGGGUACCUCACUCCACAGGACCUCACCCAGAGGCUGCAGGAGGCGAGAAUGAGAGGAGAGGGGAAAAUUGAGGGAAGGGAGUCGCCCAGAAGAGAGCAAAAAGAGAGUGUCCUAGCAGGGGCGGAGGUGCUGGGGCUAGCCUGCUCGGGGGAGCUGGUCUGUGUGGACAGUAUGUGUGAGCAGGCCCUGGUGGUGGAAGGGGGAGCAAUGAUCACCUACAGCACCCCGACAGUCAGCCUUGUAGCGCCACGAUACAGCCGCAGUGAGACAUGUACCUGUCCAGGAGGAAGCUGCCCCAGCCCUGUCGAGGAGAGGUGCGAAGGCCAGGCUUGUCCUGUAGACAUGCAGUGUGUUCGUUCCGGUCCCAUAGCGCCCUCUGUCUGCCAGUGUCUGCCUGACAGGAUGGACCAGUGUGCAGGCCCAACAUCUCUGAGUUUCUCAGGUAACAGCUACAUAAAGUACAGGGUGUCGGAUGGAGGAGCAGGAGGAGAAAUGAGACUGAGUCUGAGGAUCAGAACCUUACAGAGCAGAGGAGUCAUCAUGUACACACGGGCCAACCCCUGUACCAUGCUGAAGAUCGAAGGUGGUCGUCUGUGGUUUCAGCUGGACUGUGACAACACGCUAGGCAUCAUGGGUAUCUCCGGCCGGCCAGUCAACGAUGGCCGCUGGCAUGCUGUCACCUUAGAACUCACCAGCAACUACACCCUCCUCUCGCUGGACGACAGCUAUGUGGAGCGCCGCAGGGCCGUCGGGGCGCCUGUCCGACUCUGGCCUCUGACCCCAGAUCCCUCCUUCUUUUUCGGUGCCCAAGUCAGGCCUCCGACGUCCAACCCUGGCGACAGGGGACAGGGGCGCGCUCAGGGCCCAGUGCUUGGUGCGGGGCAGGGGGGGAGGGGUGUGAGGGUCCCCCCGCAAGCUCAGGAUGGGUUUCAGGGUUGUCUGAGCUCUCUGGUGCUGAACAGGAAUGAGCUGCCCCUCCAGAACAAGAGGAGUCGCUAUGCUGAGAUAGCUGGACUCAGUGAGGUGAAACUGGGCUGUGUGCUGUUCUUGGACCCGUGUGUAACCCUGCCCUGUCUCAAUGGAGCCACCUGUAACAGUCUACCUUCUGGUGGGUUUUGGUGUAGUUGCGGUGCAGGGUACACUGGAGGGCGCUGUGAGGAGGAGCUGACAAAGUGUCUUCCAAACCCCUGCCAGAAUGGAGCACAGUGUGCCCCUGUAGACGGAUCUUUCCUCUGUGGCUGUCCCCCUGGACUCACUGGACUCAUAUGUGAUGAGGACGUGGACGAGUGUGAGGAGAAUGACGGGUGUGAAAACAGAGGACUUUGUGUUAACACUUUCGGGGAGUACUUUUGUAACUGUUCCUAUGGUUACGAGGGUCAGUUCUGCGGAGAAAGGAGCCUACUGGACUCUGACUUAGAGGCAGAGCUUCUUUCCUACGUGGGUCCAGUGGAGAUAAUAGGGAUAGGCGUCCUGAUCUUCGUCAUCUCCCUCCUCCUCAUCCUCUUCAUCAUUUUCCGGAAGAAGAUCAGGUUCCAGAGAAAAGACUCCCCCCCUACGCUUGGUCAGGAUGGAGGAGGGGGUAAAGAGGGUGUGGCGGUAAGCGUGGCUGGGACAAGGUUGGGCGUGUCUGCUGUCUCUGUGGAGACCAGCUACAUGCUGAAAAAGACAGGAAUUGGGUCGGAGGGCAUCGAGUUUAAGGCUGUACGCGUCGCUGCUGAGUCACGAUCGCCUACAAACGUGGGGGGCGGUGUUGGCAGCUAUGGCAACGGAGCCGAAAGUAUAGGUGGAGACAUGGUGACUGGUGGAGGCGGAGAAGGGGCAGGGCCUCCUCAGGUGAUGGUACGUCCCACUAAACACCCGGCAACGAUGUUACCUGGUUGGCAUGGCAACAACAAACUUGUAACAAGAGGAGGGGAUGAAGAUAAGAUGGCCUCCAGCGAGAGCUCACUUAGUCAGAUGAGCAGCUUCCUGUCAUCUGAGUCAUCGCAUCACAUCCUGGGCGGGGCUAGUAGAAAAGGUGUGGCUGUGUGCAGCGUGGUGCCCAAUCUACAGCCCCCAUCACCCUGUCACUCAGAAAUGAGCCCUACCCAUAAAGCCCCCUGGGAGAGACAGGAAGUGAGGGGUGAAGAGAGAGGGAGAUAUGGAAGAGAAAGGGGUGAAGAGAGAGGGAGAUAUGGAAUAGUGAGGAAUGAAGAGAGAGAGAGGUAUGGAAGACAGGAGGAAUGGGAGCAGAGGGCAUUUGAACUGGAGAGGACGCAGAGAGACGGCUCUCCACUUGCAGGGGAUCUGGUGGAGGAGGUCACGUGUUUCUCAGACAGUACCUCGGUCACUCACAGCUCCUUCACCUCAGACUCCUUCGAUGACAACGCCUCCAUUGUGACUGUGAUACGUCUGGUGAAUGAUACUGUAGAGAGCCUAGAGAAUGAAGCUAAUCGCCAUCAAUGCAACAAGGAUAACACAUGUGUGGAAUUCAUCAGAGAGUACUUAGUGGACUCCUACCAGUGGGAAUCAUCUGAUUGGCUGUCCCCGUCUCAACUCCGCCUCCCGGGCAUGGAGGGGGGUUCGCACUAUGACAUCACAGGCAACCUCCCACCAUUCAGCCGAGCGGGAAGCGUGCGCUCCCUCCAGCUGGACAACAGGCUGGGGGGGUGCCGGGGUGACUGGGGACACAACGGAGACCAGCGCAGCCACAGCUCACUGUCAGUAGAAAGGAGGGGGAGAGGGAGCGUGGAGGAGAGGUGGAGAGGUGUACCCAGAGAGAGAGGGAUGGACGGAGAUAGAGGGAUGGAGAGACCGAGGGGGAGAGGGUUGGGGAGAGAGAGAACCGGAGGGUGUGAGGGAAUGAUUGGCCACAGACUGUACGGGUCUGCGGAAAGAGUCCAGAGAGACCAAUCAGAAGAGAGCAGGGCCAAUAAGUUUCGCCAGGAACGCUCCUGGGAACGUCCAGGGAAACGCUCCUGGGAACACCCUGGGGAAUUCCUGGGAGUGCACUCGUGGGACAGAAGAGGGGUCGGAGGAAUUAGGAAUCGGUCUAAGGAAGGAGGGGGCCGAGGGUGUGGGGCAGAGAGGGCCCCUAUGGCAGACGUAAGGCUGGGGGUGCCUGGAGGGACUGGGUACGGGAUAGACAGGGUGUUGGCUGGAGAGAGAAGCACCAUGGUCAGAAGAAGAGCCCACUCCAGCGAGAGAGACAACGAUCAACAACAGGCCUCCUCCCCUGUGUAUGAAGAGUUCUGUCACCCAGAACCAGACCCGAGCCCGGACCAGGACGUCUAUGAUACCCUUCCCCCAACACGGCUGGCGCACCAGGGGUACCCUUCCCCUCCUCCCGGUCUCAACCUCCACCCGACCCAGCUGCUGCCACCACUUCGGGCCUGGGAUGGACAGAGCGCCUCGGCCAAUCGGGAGACUCCAGCUGAGGUCACAGGUCAGGGGUCAAGGCUGGAGAGGUCUGAGUCGGGUGAUGAGCUGGAGAGACUGCUGAACCUUGUGUCGCUCAGAGCUCGGAGGGCAACACGCACACAGAGACCCUCUGACCCGCCUCCCAAACCACCUCCAGAACCCUCCACUGGCUGGGACGGCCUUUACUGACCAGAGCCAAUCAGUGACUGAGCCGAACCGGACUGAUCAGACUCAGUUACUGGCUGGGACGGACUUUACUGACCAGAACAUCCUUCAGAAUCAAUUACUAGCUGUAAAUAGCAGGACUGAUCCAAAACUCUUCGAGAACUGAUCGCUGGACUGAAAUCCUGGACAGGACUAAUCAAUAAUCACAGAUAAUUAUUGACUAAUAGACUGAUUAAAUAAUCUAUCAGUUGUUGAAUCCGUUGCCUGCCUGAAGGAUUGAUCGAUCCGGGUUGGGACCGAGAACACUGAUAAUUAAGAAUACGAACAAAACAAAGUACAUUUUGAAGUCUGCAUCUCUGGAAUAAACCUAACAGUGAAAUGCUUUAUUUAUUAUGAAGAAUUAUAUUUAAGCCCUUGAGGUUUAAGGGUGACCAGCGUAAGACGACUCAUAAGACCAGCUCCUGUAAUAGACAUUCUAAUAUCACAUCUGCUAAAAAGCAGUUACUGUAAGUCACAUUAGGCAGAAACAUUCUUUACAUUAUCUCAACAGUACAACUCACCAGGCAAGGCUGUCGGAACAAGCAGUUAUUUUGAAAUAGCUAAUAGUAUUCCUUACAUCUAUGUUACUGACAAACCAUUUUAAUCUAUGUAUCUAUUACAUUAUUACCUAAAUAUAAACCAAAUAAACCUCUAAAAAAAGAUUAAGUAUUUAUUUGUUUACCUGACAGAGAGGCAGAUGCACUAUGUCUUUUCGUAGUAGCUGUCUCACUCUACAUGGACGUCUGUCCUUGUUCAGUAUGAGCGGUCAUUGUACAUUCUCUAUCAAUGUGAGCUGUCAUUGUACAUGUAGUAUAGAUCUGUGUCUGUCUGUAUGAGCUUUGUUCUACAUGUAGCUUAGUCCUCUGUCAGUAUGAGCAGUCAUUUUACGUGUAGCUUAGUCCUCUGUCAGUAUGAGCAGUCAUUUUACGUGUAGCUUAGUCCUCUGUCAGUAUGAGCAGUCAUUUUACGUGUAGCUUAGUCCUCUGUCAGUAUGAGCAGUCAUUUUACGUGUAGCUUAGUCCUCUGUCAGUAUGAGCAGUCAUUUUACGUGUAGCUUAGUCCUCUGUCAGUAUGAGCAGUCAUUUUACAUGUAGCUUAGUCCUCUGUCAGUAUGAGCAGUCAUUUUACAUGUAGCUUAGUCCUCUGUCAGUAUGAGCAGUCAUUUUACAUGUAGCUUAGUCCUCUGUCAGUAUGAGCAUUCAUUUUACAUGUAGCUUAGUCCUCUGUCAGUAUGAGCAGUCAUUUUACAUGUAGCUUAGUCCUCUGUCAGUAUGAGCAGUCAUUUUACAUUUAACUUUGUCUUCUGCCUGUCAGUAUGAGCUUUGUAAAUAUCUCUUCACAAUUUUAUGCAAAUAUUUCUGGAAUUAUUAGGAAACACUUUAUAAUAAAGAUAUACUGUAUGAAUGAACAUGAGAUAAUGUAGUAAAUGCUUGAAAAAUGUAUUUAUGUUUGGCUAUCAGCAUUACACUGCUGUUUUUCGUGUUGAUUAGUGUAACUCCGUUGUAUGCAGUUCCCUAACAGUUUAGUAGUCUGUUAAGUAGCUGUCAUUAAAUAAAUGUGACACAAACAUGGUGUACCUGGUGACGGUGGUGAUGAUGAGGAGGAUGAUGAGGGUUAUGAGGAUGAUGCGGAUGAUGAGUGUUAUGAGGAUGAUG